AUGGCUGACGCAUCAACACCACCUCCACCACCACCACCACCAUCACCAACAACGUGGGGAGCUUUUUCAUCGUUGUACAGCAACCUGUCUGCCGCCGAGGUAUGCCACCUGGAGAAAGCCAUCGAGCUCAGAUAUCUAGGCAGAUAUGAUGACGCAGAAAUCAUUUACGCGAACGAGCUACCACCUGCCCGUCAGAAUCCGGUUAUCGCCAUAGAACUUGCGACGAUACACGAACGGACCGGUGACGAGCCUUGCCGAGCGCAGAUCUUCCGUGAGACUCUCGACGCUAUUGAGCAAGGCGAGAUCACUCCUCCCGAAGAUGUCCAUCGUUACCUGCGUAUACUGCUUGCGAGUUCUCACCUAUAUGUCCUUGGCCAACUUCGUCUCGGUUUCGAAGAGGCCCGUGGUCUCAGAACUUGGCUCCUCGAUGUUGAGCCACAUACAUAUACAGACACAAUGGUUGCAAGUGUAUGCGAGUACCACCAGAUCAUUCGACAGACUAGGAAGGCCUCGAACUGGUGUGGUCCCGAGGAUGGCGACUUGCCUCACACAGGUGGCAAAGAAGCAUUGGCUAGCUUGCAACACCUUCGAAAGCUUUUGGUGGCACAGGGGAGGAUCAACUUGGCAGGCAUGGUCGCUGUACAAGAAUCCAAAACGGCAAACGGCAUGGAUGCUUGCUCCCCGUAUCGAGAGCUUCUUGAUGCUAAACAAGUUACCGACGUCAAUGAUGACCGCCCUUUGUUUUACAAGAAUUUGACACACCAGCUAUUCCUUUCAGAAGCAAUGUUUGCUGCAGGGAUGUCGCACCACGGCCAUGCGCUGUUCCAGGCUGCUUGUGAUGAGAUGACGGCAAGUGAGGCAAUAUACGGCCAACCCAACCGUUUUUGGAUUUUAGCCGACUAUACUCGUGCGGAGAUUUUCCCUGCUAAGCCAGGCCUGCAAAGGGUGAGCCAGUAUCAUGACUUGGCCAUGCUAGCAGAGAGUCGCCGAGAAAAGGCUAUUCAACGUUGGGGCUUGAUGCAGGCGUAUCAAGCCAGCGAGAAACUCGUCGAGUCUGAAGAAUCGCGUAAAGAUACCGAAGGAGCAUCCCGUAUUCGUCAAGCGUCACUGCAUCAGUAUCUCCAUUUUGAGAUGACCGUCACGCGCUCUCCAUAUUUCUCUGCAGCUUGCUUGGGGACUGUCGGCAUGCAUAUGAACUCUAACGAUCAGGCCGCCGAAUGGCUGGAAUACCAUCGCGAUUUCUGGAACACUUGGCCUGAAUUCGACAUACCACUCCUUGGACGACGUUUGUUCGACGAAGCUUCACGUGCUUCGAGGGCGACUGGAGACUUUGAGUCUGCUGGACUGUAUGAUCAGCAGCGAGACCAGUUUCUGAAACAUUGCUCCUUCAUCGUGUCGAGCAGUGACACCAGGCAAGACGACGUGUUUGUGGAAGACGCGCCCGAUGACCACUUCAGCGAAUGGAUGCAAAUCCCUCCAGGAAUGAAUCAUGACUCCCCUCUGGGAGAAAGAUUUGAGUGGAUCUCUGCUAAGCUGAUUCUCCGCUGGAUCUCUAACGACUUGACGGCCAACUGUAUCACUAUGCAAGACAUAAGGAGUAUCCUCGCAAUUAGCCAUGAGUCUAUAGAGGAAAUGGAAUUCGAGGACCGUCCUCUUGCUUUCAUUUCUAGCAUUGCGCCUCACGAAUUGCGGAGCCGUAUCUUUGGUCGAAAUGGUGUGCCAACUCGGCAAGAAGAGUGGGGGAAAUGGUUCGAAAACGUAGAAACCUGGCUGCAGCGCAAAGGCCGCCCGCCCUCGAAUUUGCACCGUCAUCAUCUUCUGGAACAGAUCAUGGAAGCCCGAGUACUUGGGUAUCAGCGUUGGGCAGUUUCCCUACCACACUCAGGCCCUGUUGCUGCCGAAUCUAUCCUGAAUCAGCUACAAAUGGCGGAUAAAAGGUUAAGGCUCUAUGAGACAAUAGAUCCUAGCCUAGUGAAUCUGCACAAGAUACAAGCGUGCAAAUCCUGGAAGGCCAGCGCCCUUAUGCUUCUCGCAAACGAUCCCGAGCUGCGAGAACGGGGGCUCGGUACCAUUGAAAGCCUUAGAGAAGCGUCCUUAAUGUUCGAGGAGCUAGUUUCGCAAUCUAGAACACCGGGGAGGCUGAGAUACUUGUAUCGCCAUCUUGGAUCACUUGGACGUUGCGCCUGGAUGAGAUAUUUUUGGUACAAGGAUGCGACGCCAGAACUGGGAAUGCCUUAUUGGGAGGAGGCAGAUGAUGUCUUCCGGCGGCUUCUCUCAGGUAGUGCCUACCUGGCAGAUUUCCAAUGUUUUUUUGCAAAAAACUUGCUACAGGAAGAGUUGGAUCAUGCACAAGUCUUCAGCAACGGAUUGAAAGUCUCGCUGGUUUCUUGGUUGACCUUCCUACAGACAAAGGCAGAAGAAAUACGGACGGAUCGCUUGGCCGUCGUGGCUCUACCGCGCUACCAGGAACUCGUUCGAAACUUUGUCAAAUGGAGCCAGAGGGCCAAGGCACGCUGCCUGACCGAUGUCCUUGGUCUCGGAGCACAGUUCCCUCGGUCAAUGAUGCAGGAAAUCGAGGCAUCCCCAGCGGCAAUGGGCCUCGUUGAAGAAAUGCGAGCUCUCGAGGCACAGCUUGGUUCUGCGCAUCUGAGUGAAAAGAUAAAGAUUAGAGCUGAUUUACGCAAGCUUCAAGAAAGCAUGCGGCAAGAGGAGACGCUUGUCCCCUUCUUAGACGUACUCGAAGGCGUCACCGUCAGGCACGAAGAACUGCAGCAGAUGUGUCAAGGCCUGGACGAGUCCGUGAUUUUCCUUGACUGGCUUCAUAUAUCAUGGUACGACAACUGGGAUAUAGGCUGCGCAUUGUAUGAAAACGGCAUCUUCGUUGACUUCAUCUACUGCAACAAGUUGAAAUUGCGGGACAUCAAGACAUGGGUUCAGAGCUAUCUGGAGCCCGAUCCUCGUAUCUUCGACAUGGAGGAGGAUCUCAAGUUUUGCCCGCUAAACAGCGUUUCAGCCAGAAAGCAACUCAAGAUCUUGGAGCCACUGGCAGCAGUCUUCGAAGUGAUUCCGGCCGACUGGCUCGUCGUCAUCUGUCCGACAUACGACUUGUGUCGAAUUCCCUUCCAUGCAAUCGAAUUCAAAGGACGGCCGCUGAUCGAACGUAACCCCAUCAUCUACUGUCAAAGCCUGACGAUUCUACGGCUCUGUCAACUUUCACGGAACUCGAUGCUGGAGGACAUGGCUACCGAGGAUUUCCGGCCCGUGGCGUUCAACCCCUUGGGAGAAGAUGUGGACACGUCGAAAACUGUGGCCGAUCUUGCCACUCGCCUAGGAACCGUCACUGAGGACCUGAAUCAGUAUUCGAAAGAAGAUUUUGUGCGACUUUUGUCUGAAGCGUCUUUGAUCCACUUCCAUGGUCACGUCCGUUUUGAUCAUGAUGAUCCUUUGAAACACCAUCUGGAGCUCAAGCCUGUUCCGCACGAUGAGAAUCAAUGCCUUGGACCAGCAGAUAUCCUGACGGCGCAAGAGAUAUUUGGUAUCAAGCUACGAAAAGGAGCCCACAUCACCACAAUCAGCUGCAAAAGUGCUCGAACGGCGGUGACAAACAACCAUGAGCUCCUUGGAUUGGCUGCUGCGUUACAUUACGCCGGUGCCUCGUCAAUAGUGUCAGCAUUGUGGAAUAUCCACAGAAACGAUGGGAGAAGGUUCUCGAGGGCUUUUUAUGAUGCAUUGAUACGGGAGAUGCAGGUGCCUUCGCCCAGCAAGCCCUACAUCAACCUUGCAAGGAUAAUGCAAAAGGCUGUCCUUGCUGUCAGACGCGACCCAGACGGAAGGAUUCAAGCGCCAUACCGUUGGGCAGGACUUGUCUUGCACGGUGCUUGGUUGUAUCCUCGGAUCCCAGAUCUUGAACUGGAAACAAGCUCGAAUCCUGACCUUGAUCCUCACCCAUUAUCACACUCAGAUCGACGUGGAACCUGGUGA